UCGCAGCCCGCAGCAUGUUGUGUUUUGUCAGCAAAUUGGUGUACUAGCAGUUUGCCACAUUUAAAGUAUAAUAAAAUCGUGUUCAUUGCCUGAUCUUGCGAGAUAUAUAUCUAUCAUUAUGGGAAGAAAUGUGACACUAGCGACAUGCGUGCUCAAUCAGUGGGCAAUGGAUUUCGACGGCAACCUUAAACGUAUCAUAAAAAGUAUUGAAGAGGCUAAAGCAAAGGGAGCAUCUUACAGAUUGGGUCCAGAACUAGAAAUACCUGGCUAUGGAUGUGCUGACCAUUUUAUGGAAAGUGAUACCAUGCUCCAUUCCUUUGAAGUGCUGGCAGAGUUGCUUUCACAUCCAGCAUGUCAAGACAUAAUCAUCGACACCGGAAUGCCAAUAAUGCACAAGAGUGUUGUCUACAACUGCAGGGUGAUAUUUCUGAACAAAAAAAUCCUGCUGAUCAGGCCAAAGAAGUGUAUGUGUGAUGAUUACAACUACAGGGAGUCCCGGUGGUUCACUGCCUGGCAAAAAGACAGGACUGUGGAGGAAUAUUACCUACCCAGAAUGAUUUCCGUUAUUACUAAUCAGAAAACGGUAAGCUUUGGAGAUGGUGUAAUAUCCACUGUGGACACUUGCAUUGGGGCCGAGAUUUGUGAAGAACUUUGGAAUGCUAACAGCUCGCAUGUGCAUCAGGGUUUAGAUGGAGUGGAAAUUUUUACAAAUUCAAGUGGCAGUUACCAUGAGCUACGAAAAUCAUAUGUCACUGUUGAUCUUGUCAAGGCAGCAACAUAUAAGAGUGGGGGUAUCUACAUGUUUUCCAAUCUGCGUGGUUGUGAUGGCGACAGAGUUUACUACAACGGCAAUGCGUGCAUAGCAAUCAAUGGCUUCAUCGUGGCGCAGGGAGACGAAUUCUCGCUGGCUGAAGUGGAGGUUGUCACGGCAACGCUUGACUUGGAGGAUGUCAGAUCGUAUAGGCAUGCGAUCCGUAGUUGGUGUGCGACUGCCGCUAACUCUGCUCCAUAUCCAAGGAUGCAGGCCAAUUUUGCUCUAUCGGGUGAGACUGAUCUCUUCAUGCCAACGUAUGAGCCAAUUCAAUGGGUUUAUCACACACCAGAAGAAGAAAUUGCCAUGGGCCCUGCAUGCUGGUUGUGGGAUUACCUCCGUCGUAGUGGCAUGGCAGGCUUCUUUCUACCUCUGAGCGGCGGUGUUGACAGUGGCAGCUGUGCGUGCAUCGUCGCCUCCAUGUGCAAGCUGGUGUGCGAGGCGGUCAGCCGUGGAGACAAGCAGGUGCUGGAAGAUUGCAGGAAAAUAGUAGGUGAUGCAACCUACACGCCGACCGACGCCAAAGAACUCUGCUCUCGCAUCUUCACCACCUGCUACAUGGGCACGGAGAAUUCGUCGCACGUUACCAAACAGCGAUCGAAAGAUCUGGCAUCUCAGAUCGGGAGCUAUCACCUGAACGUGGUGAUCGACGCGGCGGUGAUGGCCGUCAUCGGGAUUUUCACGACCUUCACCGGCCUCGUGCCUCGCUUCAAGGUGAAAGGCGGCACCGUGCGUGAGAAUCUCGCCCUGCAGAACGUACAGGCGAGGUUACGGAUGGUAUUGGCAUACCUCUUUGCCCAACUGACGCUCUGGGCACGGGGCAGACCCGGUGGACUUCUAGUGCUAGGCUCCGGAAAUGUCGAUGAAGGACUGCGAGGCUACAUGACCAAGUACGACUGCUCCAGCGCGGACAUCAGCCCGAUAGGCGGAAUCAGCAAGACCGAUCUGAAAUGCUUUCUCAAGUACUGCGUCAAUACGUACGGCUUUACGGCGUUGACAGACAUACUAGAUGCGCCACCGACGGCAGAGUUGGAGCCUCUCAGAGAUGGAGAGAUAGCACAGACAGACGAGGAGGACAUGGGUAUGACCUACGACGAGUUGUCAGUCUAUGGUCGGCUGAGGAAGCAGGAUAAGUGCGGUCCAUAUAGCAUGUUUGGAAAGCUCGUACACACAUGGAGAGAUAAAUAUCGAGUAGAAGAGGUGGCGGAGAAGGUGAAGCACUUCUUUCGAUGCUACGCGAUCAACCGACAUAAGAUGACAACUCUGACGCCAGCCUACCACGCGGAGACCUACAGUCCCGACGACAACCGCUACGACCAUCGCCAGUUCCUCUACAAUGCCAAGUGGACGUGGCAGUUCCGCGCCAUUGACGUGCAGUGUAGAGUGCUCAUGACACACAAACAGGGAGGAGGAGGAGGAGCAAGCAGAGGAGGAGGGGGAGGGGGAGGCAGCGGCGCACGCAGGGAGCGGGGCAGGGAGAAGACGUGGGAGAACUUCAUAGAGGCCGACAAGACGAAGCACCUGCCGGCGAGCGCUCAGGCCGACGCCGGCCGCGGCGGCGCCCCCUCCCCGGACGCGGGCGAGGCCGGCGUUGCCGUGGCGACCGGCUCACGGCGGUCGGCGAUGAAGCCGGCGAGCAGGCGGGUGACGUUCGCCGCCGACGACGACGUGCGGCUCGUGCGCUCACGGCCCGACGGCGUGUCGGCAGGGGGCGCCGUCGCAGACGGCGAGGCGGCCGACCUUGCGACGCUGGGGAAGAACGCGCUGCUGAGGCUGCAGAAGGGCGGCGGCGGCAGCGGCGACGGCGGCGGCGAGGAUCCGCGCAACCUCGCCGAGCCGCUGCCGAGCUACGCCGAGCACGUCAGCAUGUACGGCGCGUCGUCGUCGGACACGGCUGCCGCGGGGACGCGGAAGCCCACCUACAGCAGCGUGUACGCGACGAGCGCGCGGCUUGCCAGCGCUCAACCCUUCCCUCCGCAUCUCGUCAGGUCCGGCACGGCGCAGAGGGAUCACCUCAACGUUAUUAACCUGGGCGCCUGCUAA